AUAAAUUCUGUUCUGUGGUGUUGCAUAUUAACAAGUUGCUAUUUUGCCAAAUAUGUAGCUAAUAAGCUAAUUAUUGGUGUUUUAGUAUUUUUUUUGUCUCUGGUAGUUUAGUAGUUCAUUUUAUUCUAGUCCAAUAUCAAUUUAAAUAUAUAAUACUGAAUGGAGUCAUAAAUGUCCACAUGUGACCAGAGAACAGAUAGCCAAUCACCAGUCUCAGAGCACAAUUCAUUGAGUGGAGAAUCAGAUUCCAGGUUGACUAAGGCCAUUGAAAGAGAAGUGUAUGAUGGCGACAGUUACUGUUAAAAAGGAGGAGGAGGAGGAUGAUAGCAGCCAGCAACCAGCUGCAGUGGAAGAUGAUUGCAGCCAACAACAUUAUCUAAUCCCUGGCUACAACAUGAUCUUCAUCAAAGAGGAGGCAUAUGAUAAGCAAGAGGCUGAAGGAAGUGCAGUGAAGAGUGAACCAGAGAUGUGGCCUUUGAACUGCAGCACAUCUGGCCGAGACUAUGCAACAGAAGUGGGUGGACUGAAUGAGCAUUCAAUCUCUUCAGUGGAAAAGUGCACUGAGUCAUCUGUGGCUGGCAAAAAGACCAAUCUCUACAGCUGUGCUCACUGUAGCUAUAAAACAUCAAAGUCUAGUCAUUUGAAGAGACACAUUAGAAAACACACUGGGGGAAAACCAUUCAAUUGCGAGUUUUGUGACUACAAAAGUGCUCGGUUAUGUAGUUUGAAAAGACAUACCAGAACACAUACUGGAGAAAAACCUUUCAGUUGCAAGUUUUGUGACUACAAAAGUGCUCGGUUAGGUAAUUUGGAAAUACAUACCAGAACACAUACUGGAGAAAAACCUUUUAGCUGUACGUUUUGUGACUUCAGAAGUGCUCAUUCAGGUGAUUUGAAAAAACAUAUCAGAACACAUACUGGAGAAAAACCUUUCAGCUGCGAAUUUUGUGAUUUUAAAAGUUCUAGGUUAUGUCAUUUGAAAGCACAUAUCAGGACACAUACUGGAGAAAAGCCUUUUAGCUGCGAGUUUUGUGACUACAAAAGUGUAAGGUCAUGUUAUUUGAAAGCACAUAUCAGAACACAUACUGGAGAAAAACCUUUCAGCUGCAAGUUUUGUGAAUAUAAAUGUGCUGAUUCAAGUAAUUUGAAAAAUCAUAUUAGAACUCAUACAGGAGAAAAACCUUUCAGCUACUAGCUUUGUGACUACAAAAGUGCUGAGUUAGUUAGUUUGAAAAAACAUAUCAGAACACAUACUGGAGAAAAACCUUUCUAGAAUUGGGUUUUUUGAUACAAUAAUAGAGCACCUUCAACAAUUCAUUUUCACUUAUCUAGUCCAACGUAACCGCUAAAAUGCUUGAUUAUAAUGGAAAAAAAUACUUUUGUUAUAAAUAAUAAUAAAAGUACGGUAGACUAAACGUUUCUUUAUACUACUAUGGGUUAAAUUUAAUGUUCGCUAUUAUUACAGUACUAUAUUAUAGGAUUAUAUAUUAUUAGAAAUGAAUGACAAUUUCAAAUGAAGGCAUUUUAUUUCCUCUCAAAUUGAGGCAGUGGUACACAUUCCAUUUCACUUUGUAUUACAAAGAUUAUUUUCAUCUAACAAUUCAAUCAACAUUAUAACCAAAUUCAACGAUCCGCUUUCUAUAGUAAUGAGUUCCAUAAGAGAUAAAAUAAUGUGCAUUAAGCAGAAUUUUACAAGAACUUUUAAAAUUUUACAUUUCAACUUGGUGAAAUCAAAGCUUUGCAGUCUUAAAUAUUUUUUAUCUCAACAGCUAGUGCAAUAGUUCACAUAAGUCCACUAACACUUCCAAAAUAUGCAUACAUUUUUAAGAUUUUUGAAUUUGCACCUUUCAAGGGCUUUUUUGUUGACGCAUUGAUUUUUAAAAGUUUUAUAUUCCAGAAAACUAUUCAGGAAUCACUUUGUCCUAGUCAGGACACUGUGAAAGGGAUUCUUUGGAUUUUCAUAAUAUAGAAUUUAAAUUGCAGCCAGUCAAUAAUUAACCACAUGAGCUGCAGUAAAGAUCAUUUUAAAAUUUAUUAUAGUUACUUUCAUGGAAGAUCAAACCAAAAUAUUCCUGCUUCAGUUAGUCCACAUCAGUGAUCCGACGUUUUCCAAUCACAAGAAUGAAUAUCAAUUUUAAAGUGAUGCUCUCCAUUAAAAAAAUAAUAAGUUUGCACAGUUUCGAAAUUUUCCAAUUUCCUCCUAUUAGGCUGAAUUACUUAGAGGUAUAUUAACGUUUUUAAUCUCCUUUUUUAGGGAGAAUCGUGACUCUGGAAUAAUUACUGCAACCAGUUAAUGUUUAUUUCAAUUUUAUCCUGAAAUGCAUUAUGUUUCCUUGUAAUAGAAGUGUGAAUCAUUGCAUUAAUUUAAUAUAUACAUUUAUAAUACGUUGCAGUACUUUGAUGAGUAGAGUGCAGUAAAUUGAGUACCGGUAGCUCGUCAUUCCAUUCCAAAGAAUCCCAUCCACUCAGCAAGAAAAAAAUCUAAACAUCAAAUCUCAUUUUCAAAGAACGCCAAGCUACAAAUAAGCUGAUAAAUCAUCGAGUGUAGUCUGUAAUCAAAAGUGAAAUUAUGAUAAUGAAAUUCAUGGAUGAUCCCUCUUUCUGUGAUAUUAAAAUCAAGGUAAAUGUUUCUGAUCAUACUAUCGCAACCCUGGCAAUUGCCGUAGGCUACCAAUCAAAAUCUUCAAAGAGUUUAUAGUUUUUUAAAAAUAUUCUUUGAGUUUCUCAAUAGAAAGAUACAUUUUUCAUAAUAAGACAAUAAUUCACUAUCAAAUAAUAGAUUGAAAUUAUAUUUUCAAGUUGAAUUACUAGGAAAGAUAAGAAAUUCUCAUCACUAGAAAUGAAAUAUUUGUUUUGGAGUUUUCAACGAGUAUUUUUGUAGAUUAUAAUUGAUAUAAUCAUUAACAGCCUGGAUAUGAUGUUAUUACCGUACCUUGCAUAUUACACAUCUUCUCAACGUCAAAAUUAUUUAUCAACUUCGAUUUUAAUUAUCGAUAAAAUAUUAGCAUCUAUAAUAUUACAAUAACAUCAUAUAAGAUAAGUUAGUACCGUAUAUAUCACAAAUGCCAGCAUCAUACAAUAUGGUACAAUGUCAUCCAGUAAUAGCCUACCGAUAUUCCUCAAGAUUUUUCCUCAUGCUUGUUAUUGGUACAUAUUCAAACUACAGUGUAUUUAUAAGGAAGGAAGUGGAAGCACUUUUCUAUGAGAAAAAUUUACAAUAUAAUAUUAUUUUAGUACAUUAUAAUUUUCAACUACA